AUGGCCGAUUCUCUGACCGAAGAGCAAGUCUCCGAGUACAAGGAGGCAUUCUCCCUGUUUGACAAGGAUGGCGAUGGACAAAUCACUACCAAGGAGCUGGGCACUGUCAUGCGCUCCCUCGGUCAGAACCCCUCCGAGUCCGAGCUGCAGGACAUGAUCAACGAGGUCGACGCCGAUAACAACGGUACCAUUGACUUCCCUGAGUUUCUUACCAUGAUGGCGCGUAAGAUGAAGGACACCGACUCCGAGGAGGAGAUCCGAGAGGCUUUCAAGGUCUUCGACCGCGACAACAACGGCUUCAUCUCCGCCGCCGAGCUGCGCCACGUGAUGACCUCAAUUGGCGAGAAGCUGACCGACGAUGAGGUGGACGAGAUGAUCCGUGAGGCUGAUCAGGACGGUGAUGGUCGCAUUGACUAUAACGAGUUCGUUCAGCUCAUGAUGCAAAAAUAA